AUGCAGCUGCCGUCGUACUUCGACGUCGUGCGCAGGUUGCUGUCGACCCGGCGAAAGAAAGGACGCACGCCUAAGACAGGUGACAGGCUCUCGGAGAAGGGACCACACGACGACUCGAAACGCGCCCUAGCGGCUACGCUCGCUGAGAACGGCGACCUCAGGGCGCGCAUCGACGAGCUCCAAGACCUCUCCGCGCAGAUCCAGCUGCUCCAGCACGACCUCGAAGACGCGAACACCACCACCAAGGCAUCCGCAGUCGCAGCUGACGCGCAGCGCGCACGACUCCAGCGCGCGGAUGCCGAGGGGGCGCAGCAGCGCGCGAAGAUCGCGAACCUCGAGCGUGCGGCAGACCGCGACGCGCGGGAGCGGCGCGACGUGCUCGUGCUCGCAGACGCACGGGAACGGGCCGCGGCAGAGGCGGAGGCGAGGCGGACGAAGACUCAGGAGGUGGAGGAGAGGGACGUCGUCGAGCUCGUCAAAGGCUUGAACGCUCACAUCGAAGCGGCAGCGGCAGCCAUGGCUGGCUCGCGGAAGCCUGGUGUCGCCACGAUGCCCCCCACUGGAUCCGCGGAGAGCGUGCGGCGGCUGGAGCGCGGAGGUUGGGUCGGAGAGCAGCUUCUUGCGAUGCUGCACGAGCGGGGGAGGGGUCGCACGGACGUCGUGAAGGCGGUGCUUCAGGUAGGGAUGGCCUCGUUUGUGCGAUGGGUGGUGAUGAGCUGGGACCUCGACGCCUGCGGAGAGACGAGCGUGUUGGAGGACAUAUAUGCGCAGGUGGAAUGUAGGGAGUCCACGUCGGUCGCUCGAAGAUGGAAAGCCCUCACCCGAUCGCAUAUGGACCGCGCCGUUGCCCCUCCAUCACAGCCCGAUCGCCUGUACCAGACCCUCUUCGACUUCGCCAACGACGUGCUUCUAGUUGGAGGUGGAGGAGGCGCGACGAGGCCGGCAGGUGCGACCGAGCGCGUCUUGAGCGAAAUUGUCGGGCUGGCAUUGGACGUCCGGCUGGCCGCAGGCGUGUCGUCCAUGUCUCGCGAGUUUGUCGUCUACGAGGCCGAGAUGGGGUCGGGUUUUGAUGCGCCUGACAUCGAGGUGGCGAGCAAAGGCCUCAUCCUGUCCGAUAUCGAAGUCGCCGGCUUCAAGUGCUCCCUCUACGACGAAGCGGGCGCGCUCUCCAUUUUCGUUCCGGUUGCAACAGUCGUCGGGCAGCUCCCGGCACACGCCUUGAAGACUUUGGAUCGCCGGCUCAUCACGACACCGCAUUGCCUCACGCUCUUCAUUCGCGACUCGCAACGUCUGUUCUCCCCAGAGGCUUGUUCUCCAGGCGUCAAGUUCUCCGUUGGCCUCUCAAGGACGGAUCAAAUCCCUCCUUCGCUUCGCUGCGGCGCCCGGAUACCUCACGAUCUCACGGACUUCAACGUGAGUUCGGCAUUGGAGGAUGCAAUGAACGAUCUUUUCCUGGGAGUUUUCGCUCUUCGGCGACGAUACCGGCUGGGCUGGGCCGGGGCCGAGGUUCUUCACUUCAAGCUCGCGGAAAACAUGGGCAGGCAGUCUGACGAAUCCGUAUAUAACGAGUCAAGCCAGCACAUUUGUCAUGCGGACGAACUGGAAGCAGCAAUAUUGGAUAACUAUGGCGUCAAAUGUGGAUACGACAGCACGAAUAUGCCGCUGUUGGCGUUCCGCUAUCUUUUGCGUCGCUUUUUGUACUCGAUCUGCUCCGAGCCAACGUCUACGGAUCUCAUCGUAUCCUUGGCCUACACAGCAGCGGCCCAUCACAAGUUAUCACCACUACCGAUCGGGUUGGGCCUCCGGAUUGGUCCGGGCGAUCCUGUUAUGACCGUCGUGGACGCUCUUACAGACAGUCAGAUCUGCGAUGCUGUGUUGGUUCUACUGUCGCGCAUCCCUUCGAUCGCCGUUAUCAAGUCCCGGAUUGAAGCAUUCCGCGCCGCCUAUGGGACAACGAGCUCUCGAGUACGAGUACAGGAUCUCGGGUUUUCCGAUGUGCCCGAAGCUUCUUGGAUCCUUCUGCGAUGGGCGGUUGCUUCGUUUCCCAUGCGCAUCGAAGAGAUACGCGCCCCAGUGGAGAGAGUUGGCUCGAUUGACUCCCGGUGGCGACAGUUCCGUCUGGUAUACCCAUCUCCGCAAGCGGAGUAUACCUUUGCGCAGGCGGUUCGUGUUGCGCAAGCAUUCUCCAUGAAUGCGCGGAGGUAUCCUUCAGUAUAUGGGUUCCACGGCUCACCUGUGCAUAACUGGCACUCCAUUUUGCACCACGGGCUGUGGUCCAAGCACACAGCCAACGCACGCAAGUUCGGAGACGGCAUAUACUUCUCCAAGACGUGGAGCAUCGCCGAAGAGUACGCCAAAACAGCCAACAGAUCGUCGCAGUGGCCGAACCGGGCGUUCGACGUCGACCAGUGCCUUGCGCUCGCCGAGGUCGUCAACGACCGCCCCGCGUUCGUGUACAGCUUCUCGACACACUGGCGCGCCGAGCGGUACCCCGCCAAGAAGCCGUCCCCCGUGGCGAAGAACGUGUUCGUAGUCGACCAGCCUGACUGGAUUGUAUGCCGCUUCCUCAUGGUCAAAGGGGGUCCUGUUGAGGGGCGCACAGGGCGGGAUGUAUGGGCCGCGACUGAGAGCGACGCGGGUGUCCCCCGGUCGCUGUCUUUCGUCGUGCAAGAUCCGCAACACGUGCUCACCGCCGACGGCGGUGCGGCGGUGCUGAUACCGGAGUUCGACUAG